AUGGAAGAGGAGCUGAAGUGCCCGGUGUGCGGCUCGCUCUUCCGGGAGCCCAUCAUCCUGCCCUGCUCGCACAAUGUCUGCCUGCCCUGCGCCCGCACCAUCGCCGUGCAGACCCCGGAGAGCGAGCAGCACCUGCCGCCCCUGCUCCACCCGCGGGGCCCCGCGCCGCCCGCCGCCGCGCCGGGGCCGGCAGCGGCCGCGGGCUCCGCCGCCUGCCCGGACUCGGAGUGCGCGGCGGGCGGCGGCGGCGGGGACCACGCGGACAAGCUGAGCCUGCACAGCGAGACCGACAGCGGCUACGGCUCCUACACCCCCAGCCUGAAGUCCCCCAACGGCGUGCGGGUGCUGCCGCUGGUGCCGGCGCCCCCGGGAGCGGCGGCGGCGGCUCCGCGGGGCGCCGGUCCCGCCAGCUCCUCCCUCACCUGCCCGCAGUGCCACCGGAGCGCCUCCCUGGACCAGCGCGGCCUCCGCGGCUUCCAGCGCAACCGGCUGCUGGAGGCCAUCGUGCAGCGCUACCAGCAGGGCCGCGCCGCCGCCGCCGCCGCCGCCAAGUGCCAGCUCUGCGACCGCAGCCCGCCCGAGCCGGCCGCGGUGCUGUGCGAGCAGUGCGAGGUGCUGUACUGCGCCGCCUGCCAGCUCCGCUGCCACCCGGCCCGCGGGCCCUUCGCCAAGCACCGCCUGGCGCCGCCGCCCGGACACCCGGGCGCCCCCGGCGGCGGCGGCGACGGCGGCGGCGGGAAGGGGGCGGGCGGCGGCCGCAAGCUGCCGACGUGCGCCGAGCACGACCUGGAGAACUACAGCAUGUACUGCGUGAGCUGCCGCAGCCCCGUCUGCUACCAGUGCCUGGAGGAGGGCAAGCACGGCAAGCACGACGUGAAGGCCCUGGGCGCCAUGUGGAAGCAGCACAAGGCACAGCUGUCUCAGGCUUUAAAUGGUGUUUCAGAUAAAGCAAAGGAAGCUAAAGAAUUUUUGGUUCAGCUGAAAAAUUUAUUGCAGCAGAUCCAGGAGAACGGGUUGGAUUAUGAAGCCUGUCUUGUCGCUCAGUGUGAUGCCUUGGUUGAUGCAUUAACGCGACAAAAGGCAAAACUGCUCACAAAGGUGACAAAAGAACGUGAGCACAAGCUGAAGGUUGUUUGGGACCAGAUAAAUCACUGUACACUGAAGCUACGCCAGUCAACGGGGCUUAUGGAGUACUGCCUAGAAGUUAUCAAAGAAAAUGAUCCCUCUGGGUUUUUACAGAUUUCGGAUGCUUUAAUCAAGCGUGUUCAGGUAUCUCAGGAACAGUGGGUCAAAGGAGCCUUGGAGCCAAAAGUGUCUGCUGAGUUUGACUUGACUCUGGAUAGCGAACCUUUACUGCAGUCGAUUCACCAGCUGGAUUUUAUUCAGAUGAAAUGUAGGGUGCCACCCGUCCCAUUACUGCAGCUGGAGAAGUGUUGCACCAGAAACAACAGUGUGACAUUGGCCUGGAGGAUGCCACCUUUGAGCCACAACCCGGUGGAGGGUUAUAUCUUGGAACUUGAUGAUGGAGAUGGUGGCCAAUUCCGAGAAGUAUAUGUUGGCAAGGAGACUCUCUGCACCAUCGAUGGCCUUCAUUUCAACAGUACCUAUAAUGCAAGAGUCAAAGCUUUCAACUCAUCAGGAGUUGGUCCCUACAGCAAGACAGUCAUUUUACAGACAUCAGAUGUGGCGUGGUUCACCUUUGAUGCCUCCUCAGCUCACAGAGACAUAGUGCUGUCGAAUGACAACCAGACUGCCACCUGCAACAGCUAUGAUGACCGGGUUGUUCUUGGCACAGCAGCCUUCUCCAAGGGCGUGCAUUACUGGGAACUGCAUGUGGACCGGUAUGACAACCAUCCGGAUCCAGCCUUUGGUAUUGCCAGGAUUAACGUCGUCAAGGACAUGAUGCUAGGCAAGGAUGACAAGGCAUGGGCCAUGUACGUUGACAACAACCGCAGCUGGUUCAUGCAUUCCAAUUCUCACACCAAUCGGACUGAAGGAGGAGUUUCUAAAGGUGCCACCGUUGGUGUUCUCCUGGAUCUGAAAAAGCACAACCUGACCUUUUACAUAAAUGGGCAGCAGCAAGGGCCUCCAGCGUUUGAAAACAUCGAGGGUGUCUUCAUGCCUGCGUUGAGCCUCAACCGAAACGUCCAGGUGACCCUGCACACAGGACUGGAGGUGCCACAAUGUGUAAAACAGCCCAAGUUGCCCAACAACUAA